GUGCGCUUGCGCAUCUCUCGCAUAUGACCUUUGGUGACUCGCACCUGUGUCCUAACGGGAGGAGGGAGGAGCUGCAGUUCCACGCAUGCGCACCUCUAGAUUGUAAACCGGGCCUGGUUUUUUUUUCUAGGUGACGUCAGUGCAGUAGAUGACAUAAUUUAUGGCGUGAUACGUCAGGAGGCUAGCUUCUGGUUUCAGUCCGGCCCACAGGGCGUUCUCUAUGGUGCGCUAGCUCCCUUAGAGUGCCUCGUAUCCUUCCGGAGUUGGCCCCGCCUUUGGGGCGAGGAUAAAGACUGGUUUUGGCGGGAAUUGAAAGGAGACCGAGUGAGAGACCAGGAUGAAACCGGUAGCACCUUUUCUGACGGACUUUGUGAGCUGCACGGGUUUACAGGCAGAGGUUGCUACGGUGAAAAAAAGCAACAAUGCAGGCAUUUUUGAAAGGUCCAGUCAGUGCUAAACCUCUCUCUACUAAAGAACGGGGAGCCCCUGCAACUGCAGGAAGCAGUGGGGAGAGCAAGAAACCCAGACCCAGUCCUUGGGUUGAAAAAUACCGUCCAAAAUGCAUGGAUGAUGUUGCGUUUCAAGAGGAAGUUGUGGCAGUAUUGAAGAAAUCCUUACAGGGAGUUGAUCUUCCCAACCUUUUGUUCUAUGGCCCUCCUGGAACUGGGAAAACAUCUACUAUUUUGGCAGCAGCUAGAGAACUCUUUGGUCCUGAAUUGUUCCGGCAGAGAGUCCUUGAAUUAAAUGCAUCUGAUGAACGUGGAAUACAAGUCAUUCGAGAGAAAGUCAAGACUUUUGCUCAAUUAACAGUUUCGGGAAAUCGUUCAGACGGCAGACCAUGCCCGCCUUUUAAGAUCAUAAUCCUGGAUGAGGCAGAUUCUAUGACCUCGGCAGCUCAAGCAGCUUUAAGGCGCACCAUGGAGAAGGAAUCUAAGACCACACGAUUCUGCCUUAUCUGUAAUUACAUCAGCCGAAUCAUUGAACCAAUUACAUCUCGAUGCUCCAAAUUUCGUUUCAAGCCACUUUCUGACAAAAUCCAAUGCCAGAGACUUCUAGACAUUGCUAAAAAGGAAAAUGUGAUAAUCAGCAAUGAGGCAAUCGAUUACCUUGUUCGUGUGGCAGAAGGAGAUUUGAGAAAAGCAAUCACGCUUCUUCAGAGUGCGACACGACUGACAGGCGGAAAAGAAGUGACAGAGGAAAUUGUUAUUGAAAUUGCAGGGGUUGUCCCCAAAGAAAUAUUGGAUGGAUUGCUAAGUGCCUGUCAGAGUGGCUCUUUUGAAAAACUGGAAGCUGUAACAAAGAAUGUGAUCAGCGAAGGCUAUGCAGCUACUCAACUGAUAAACCAGCUUCACGAUAUCAUUGUUGACAAAGAAGACCUCAGUGACAAGCAAAAAUCUGUAAUUAUAGAGAAAUUUGCUGAAACAGACAAGUGCUUGGCAGAUGGUUCUGAUGAGUUCUUGCAGUUGAUCAGCAUCUGUGCAGUCAUGAUGCAGCAGCUAAUUCAGAAUAGCUAACUGUAGGAGACAAGUAGCCUUUUGAUGGCUAUAGACCUUUUCUCUGUAGUUUUGGCACACAGUUUGCAAACUGUUCUGUAAAUAUAGACAUUGCUUUGAACUUUCA